AUGAAACUCAAUUUUUUAUUUGUUACUUUCUUGUGCUUUAUUUCCCCAGUUUUUAGUUGUUUAUACAAUGUUUAUUUGUAUGUCAAGUCCAACGAUAAAGAUGUUAAUGGGGAUUGGUUGUAUCCUGUUCGUGAAGGUAAAGGUAUCAAUUACUUUUUCUUGGGUUCACAGAACCGUGCCAAAAAGUUAAUUUAUGACGACAAGAAUAAGUAUAUCUAUGAACAAGUUGAUUCUCACACAAGAUGGUAUUAUCUUAUUAAUAAGAAUAUUUUGCAGUUGUCCGGAGGUAAACCUUACAAAGUAAAUAUUAAAAAUGAUGGUGAAUUAGACUUUGGUGGUGAUGAUAAUUUAUGGGCUGUUAAAAAUAUAAAGGAUCCAGCUAACCAUUCAAAGAAUAAUUACGCUAUAGUAUAUUACAAGAAUAGAAAAGAUGUCCCGAAAGGUGCAAAGAAAGUCAAGGUUUAUGCCAAAAAAGCCUAG